AUGCUGGACCUGGUGAUCUUGGAGCAGUUCCUGGCUGUCCUUCCACUGGACAUGGAGAGCUGGGUGAGGAACUGUGGAGCAGAGACCAGUUCCCAGGCGGUGGCCCUGGCCGAAGGUUUCCUCCUGAGUCAGGCAGAGGAGAGGAAGCAGGCAGAGAGAAAGCAGGUGAGAGAGACUUUCCUCUGGAUACUCCCAAGGGGCUCCAAACAGGAUGGAGAACAUCCAAAAAUGGUCUGCUGAUGGCCCAUCCUUUUUCUGGGAAUGAGAUCUAACAGCCUUAAAGAUUCUGUCUCUGCCAUUCUCUUUCUAACAUUUCUCACCAUUCAUUUACAGUUUUGAAUCCUUGUUGUUCUUUCAGAAAAGGGAUCAUUAUGGAGAAAUGGACCUGGAUUCCUGUGAGGCAGAGAGGCCUCCGUUGGACACCAGAGAGAGGACACUGGGUAAGGAGGAAGGUGGCUUUUCUCCAUUUGGUCUUGUUCUGUUGGUUUUCCAACUCGUCUGAGGGUUCUUUUCAUCUUGGUUUUUUUUUUUUUUUUUGAGGGGUGGUGGUUGGGAACAAGGGUUCAGAGGAGGGGAGACGUAUUUCUGCACACCUAACAUGAAAUGGGCACAAACCUUCAACUGCACUCAGCAGGUAAGGCUUUCUCAAAGCCCAUCUGUAGUUAGAGAUGUCCUGUUUCCCCUGUGAGAGAAGCAGGCACUCCUAGCAUCCUGCUUACCUUUUUUUCCUUUGCAGGUGAAAGAAUGAAGCCAGCAAGACCUCCUGAUCCAUCUUUUCAUGGGGGCAGAAGGGAAGCAGUGGCUGUGGAACCAGAUCAGGUAUGGGGAAGCUGCCUUGUGGGGUCAGAGGCCGAGGGAUGGAGCAAUGUCAUGGACUGGUUGGGCACAGAGGAAUGGUGGGAGGAAGCAGCCAGGGAACCAGGAAGGGAAUAUUGCUCUGAGCCCAAAGAGUGAAGGUGGAGGAAGGAUUGGCGGUCAGAGGGAGAAGCCUGGGAAGAGGAGGUGUCAGAAGCUGAAGGGGCAACAGGGCUUAGUGAGCUGGGAGACUCUGUGGCAGAAUGCAGUGCAGAAUCAGAGGCAGAAGAAGAAGGAGGCGAGUGGGAGAGGAAGAUCGAGAGGCAGAGGUGAGUCAGGAGAAGGGGGAGCCACCGGGUGCUCCCUCUCCUUCUGCCAGAAUCCACCCUCCCUGCUUGUCUCUCAGAGCCAAGAGAGGUCUAACAUGGAGGAGUAAAGGCAGGCUGCACACUGGCGCACUGUUCAAUCGCUUGCCAGAAACCCCAGAGAGGAGGGGACUUGGAAAGCUGUGGGGAGCCGGGGGCCUUCACUCUCAGCAACUGCUUUUGUGGAGGAAGAGGCUCAGGGAAUGAGCUGCUGUUUUCAUGAAGCCCGAAACUCAGCCAAGUAUGUGAACAUCGUGCUCUUGCUGAUAAAGAGUAAACUCCAGCUGUGAACUGUGGGAUUUCCUGCCCAGAUAACUCUGUCAUACCAGCCUUCUGAAUGUUGCCAGUAGGAUUCAUCUGUAGUUGCAGUUUUCAUGGAAUCCUAGAGUUGAAAGGGACCCCAAGGGUCAUCAAGUCCAACCCCUGCAUUGCAGGAGUCUCAACUCGAUAAUCCAAGACAGAUGGCCAUCCAGUCUUGGCUUGUUUUAUUUCUGUAUUCAUCAAUGAAUGCUAAAAUAGGCUUCUUCUUCUUUAAAAAAAUGAUAUUUAUUAGGAGUUUAAAAAAUUACAGAAAAUAGAAAAAAGGAAAACAAUAAAAAAAAUUAACAGAACAUACCUUACAAUACAUAAAAAGAAAAACAUAGAAAAACAAUACAGCAAAACAGCAAAAAGAAACAAAAACACUAAAACACACAUCCAAUGUUCCAUAUCUUUACCUUUCAUUUACUUGUUUCAUCGGCCUCCUCACACCUCCCUUUUUUGUAUUCUAGUUCAAUUACCUAUUUCAGCACAUUCUUUCCAUCUUUCUCAAUUUUUGUUCUAUAUUUUAUCUUAACAGUCUAACCUUAAAUUUUUUCAUUUUGGCCCGUUAUCAAUCAGUUUUUACUUAAUUCUUUAUUACAAUUCUGCUAAAACCAAAUACCUUCAUUCCAGCAUCCUUCUAACAUUCAUUAAUUUUGCUAUAUUUUUGUAAAUAUACUUUAAAUUUUUUCCAAUCUUCUUCCACCGACUCUUCUCCCUGGUCUCGGAUUCUGCCAGUCAUUUCCGCCAGUUCCAUGUAGUCCAUCAGCUUCAUCUGCCUUUCUUCCCUGGUGGGAAGAGCUUUUUUUCAUUUGCCAAGCCAACAGCUUUCCGCACUUAUUUGCCGAUUCAAAUGUCUUUUGUCUCAUCUGUUUAAUCUUCCAUUGUAUUUCCUGAUUCAUCAUUUUCAUAUAUUGUACUUGAUAUAACUUUAUCUCUUUCAAAAUCUCCUGCGACCUUGGUUUCACCCUUAAUUUCUCCUCUCCUUCCUUUAUCUUUUCCAGGAUUUUGUCUUUUUUCUCAUUUUGCAUUCUCUUCUUAAUUGCAUUCUGUUGUAUCAAAAACCUCUCAUGACCGCUUUGCUUGCAUCCCAGAUUACUCUUCUUUACACAGCUAAAAUAGGCUUCUAAGCAGCGGACAGACGAUAACAAAUAAUGUCCAGGAUUCACCUAGCCAGCCCCAUCCGCUGCAAAAUGGGGCCUGCCCCCCACUCCUCCCCCUCUCCAUGCCCCCAUGAACCCCUUGAAUUUGGCUCUGGGGCAUUGUGAGGGAACCUCCCCAGAACAACUCACGAGGAGAGGAGGAAGUGGAUCCUUCCAUCGGGGAAACUGGAAUGCUUGUGUAGGCAGAAUAACGUAAACAUAAGCUGGAGUACCACCCAUUUGCAAAAAGACGAAUACCCACACUUAAAAUGCAGAAUAAAAGAUUCAAUUAAAGCAUUAAAAUAGGUACACAUAAUAAAAAUGUGCAGCAAAGCAAUCCUAUUGAAAUAACACAGCAAUUAACAGGAAGGAAAUAACAGAGCAUUGUGUAGCAGAUCAUAUUUCUGCUGUCUCAGAGGAGGACAUUUCCCUUUUUCUUUUAGGGUCCAGUGUGCUUUGAAGAUGUCGCUGUUCGUUUCACGGACGAGGAGUGGGAGUUGCUGGAUCCUGACCAGAGAGCUCUGCAUAAGGACGUAAUGGAGGAGAAUUGGGGGAUCGUGGCCUCUCUUGGUAAGCCUCCGUGUGGGAUCGUCCUAUCUGCCAGGAAAUUCAAAAAAUACCUCUAUGUGACAAACCUCAUAUAUUUUCUCAGCGCCCCCUACGACACCUGGGAACCUUACACCCCCACAAGAAAUAGUAAAUUACAGUUUUUUCUGUGAACAAUCUUCCUCCAAUUCUGCCUCCUUCUACCACAGUUAGGCUGAUCUGAACUGCCCAGGCAUCUUAAAUGUCAGCUUCAGAGUUGUUCAGAAAGAUAAGUAGCUUCUGUCAGGUUUUCUGUUUUUCUUUUUGCUGCUGUCAGUCUUGGGUUGACCAAAGAGACGACUGACACUGGAGAUGGAGGGGAUGCCAUGACUGGGCCAAACAAAAGAGCCAGGCUGAAUGAAUCUCAGGUAGUACUAGCAGUGAUAAUAAUAGUAAUAAUAAUAAUUUUUAUGUAUACCCUGACCAUCUGGUGGGGUUGCCCCAGCAAAUCUGGGAAGCUUCCAAAACAUAUACAGUCGUAUUUCUGGUUGCGAAUGGGAUCCGUUCCGGAGAUCCGGCCAGAUCCCGAGGUUUUUGCAACCCAAGGAUCACUGCGCAUGGAUUUGUCGCUUUCAUAAGCUGAUGUUUAUAUAAUCCGAGGGUUACGUAACCCGAGGUGCUACUGUAUAAACAUGAAACAGUAAUAAUAACAACAAUAUAAUCCAAUGAAAAAAGUACAAAAAUUUUACAAAAAGUACAAAAUUUAUAAAAUGAGUAACUUACUUCAAACAAAGCAACAUUCAACCAACGAUUAGAAUCCAAUAAUAAAUACAUUGGUUUAUUACAAAUAACAAAGCUAAUGAACACUGCCUUCUCUACCACAAAUUUAAUGAGCAUUAUUCCCUAACUGGGGGCUCCAUUUGUUCCUGAGACUCUAAUCCCUUUUUCUCUCCAUUGCAGAUUGUGAUGAAUUUGAAAUCAAGAACAAAGGUGACCACAACACAAUCUGCAGAGUGGAGAAGGCACGUAAAAAUUUGGAAUGUGGAAAGAGCUGCAGUCAGAGCUCAAAUUCCAGUUCCCAUCAACGAAAUCUCAUUGGAAAGAAACCCUAUCAGUGCAUUGAAUGUGGAAAGAGCUUCAGUACGAGCUCCUCUCUCAUUUCCCAUCAAAGAAUUCAUACAGGGGAGAAACCCUAUCAGUGUGUGGAAUGUGGAAAGAGCUUCAGUCAGAGCUCGUCUCUCACUUCCCAUCAAAGAAUUCAUACAGGGAGAAACCCUAUCAGUGUGUGGAAUGUGGAAAGAGCUUCAGUAUGAGCUCCCAUCUCACUUCCCAUCAAAGAAUUCAUACAGGGGAGAAACCCUAUCAGUGUGUGGAAUGUGGAAAGAGCUUCAGUCACAGCCAAAGUCUCACUUCCCAUCACAGAAUUCAUACUGGGGAGAAACCGUAUCAGUGUGUGGAAUGUGGAAAGAGCUUCAGUAGCAGCUACAAUCUCACUAAACAUCAAAAAUUCAUACAGGGAGAAACCCUAUCAGUGUAUGGAAUGUGGAAAGAGCUUCAGUAUGAGCUACAAUCUCACUUCCCAUCAAAUAAUUCAUACAGGGAGAAACCCUAUCGGUGCAUGGAAUGUGGAAAGAGCUUCAGUAGAAGCGCCGAUCUCACUUCCCAUCAAAGAAUUCAUACAGGGAGAAACCCUAUCAGUGUGUGGAAUGUGGAAAGAGCUUCAGUAUGAGCUCCGAUCUCACUAAACAUCAAAGAAUUCAUACAGGAGAGAAACCCUAUCGGUGCAUGGAAUGUGGAAAGAGCUUCAGUAUGAGCUCCCAUCUCACUUCCCAUCAAAGAAUUCAUACAGGGGAGAAACCCUAUCAGUGCAUGGAAUGUGGAAAAAGCUUCAGUAUGAGCUCCAGUCUCACUUCCCAUCAGAUAAUUCAUACUGGGGAGAAACCCUAUCAGUGUGUGGAAUGUGGAAAGAGCUUCAGUAGAAGCUCUGAUCUCACUAAACAUCAAAGAAUUCAUACAGGGAGAAACCCUAUCAGUGUGUGGAAUGUGGAAAGAGCUUCACUGAUAGAUCCCAUCUCACUUCCCAUCAAAGAAUUCAUACAGGGAGAAACCCUAUCAGUGUGUGGAAUGUGGAAAGAGCUUCAGUAUGAGCUCCCAUGUCACUUCCCAUCAAAGAAUUCAUACAGGGGAGAAACCCUAUCAGUGUGUGGAAUGUGGAAAGAGCUUCAGUAGCAGUUCCUCUCUCACUAAGCAUGGGAAAGAGCUUCAGUAGCAGCUCCGAUCUCACUAAACAUCAAAGAAUUCAUACAGGGGAGAAACCCUAUCAGUGUGUGGAAUGUGGAAAGAGCUUCAGUCAGAGCUACAAUCUCACUUCCCAUCAAAGAAUUCAUACAGGGGAGAAACCCUAUCAGUGUGUGGAAUGUGGAAAGAGCUUCAGUAUGAGCUUCAAUCUCACUUCACAUCAAAGAAUUCAUACAGGGGAGAAACCCUAUCAGUGUGGGGAAUGUGGAAAGAGCUUCAAUCAAAAGUCCAGUCUCACUUACCAUCAAAGAAUUCAUACAGGGGAGAAUCACGGAAUUGUAGAAUUUUGAGCUUGAAGUGAUCCCUGGUGCAAUCUAUUUCACCCCUUGUGAUGCUGGCAUAGCAAGUAAAACAUCCAUGACAUGACCAUCCAACUUCAUUUGAAAACCUCAAAGAAUGGAAAUUCCAGCACUCCCAAGGGAGUCCAAUCCACUAAUAGCUCUUGCUGUCAAAAAGUUCUUCCGCAUGUUUAGUCAGUCUUUUUUAAAAAACAAAACUUGAAGGCAUUGGUAUGUGUCCAACCCUGUGGAGCAGGCGUCCUAUUGGGAAGACCCAGUUCUCUGAGUGCAUGUUCUGGAAGUUGGGCAAUAGGGGCAGUACAGGAUUCCUUUUGGUGUACCGACCUCUGCACUGCACCAAGGAUUCCCUGCCUGAGCUGCUCCAGGUCGUGGCAGAUGUUCUCCUGGAGACAUUUAGUUUGGUUUUCCUAGGGGAUUUUAACAUCCACGCCGACAUGACCUUACAAGGAGCCGCUUGGGACUUUGUGGAAAGCAUGGCCUCCAUGGCGCUGUCCCUGAAUAUGUUUGGCCCAACUCAUAGCCAUGGACAUGCCUUAGACCUGGUGUUCACCUCUAUGGAUGUUGGUGAUCUGACACUAAGUAAAAGCGAAACUAAAGAAGUGCCAUGGUCAGAUCACUUCCUGGUGCAACUGGACUUCUCCGUGAACCUUCCCCUCUUCAGGGAGGUGGGACCAAUUCAGAUGGUCCGCUCCUUAAUGGAUCAAAAUGGUUUCCAGAGAGCAGUAGGGAUGUUUUAUCCCAUGUUGAUGGCCUUUCAGCUGAUUCCUGGUGGCCCUGAAAUGUGGAGUUAACCAGGGCUAUUGACUGUUUGGCUCCGAAGCGCCCUUUCUGAUUGCAUGGAUCCCGGACAGCCCCGUGGUUUUCUUCAGAGCUGAGGGUGAUGAAACAAUCGCUGAGACUGCUAGAGCGCCGGUGGCGGAUAACCCAUUCUGAAGCUGACCGGAUACGGGUUAGAGCUCAAUGUCGAGCCUACCAAGUGGUGAUAGCGACGGCCAAAAAGACUUUCUUCACUGCCUCUAUUACAUCUGCAGGGGAAAAACAGCAGGAGACUCUUUCAGGUGGUUUACAAUUUAGCAGUACCACCUGCUCCAUUAGGGCCCAGUACAGGCCACAUGAUCUCCUGCAAUGAUUUUGCAAAGUUUUUUGCAGACAAAGUCACUCAGAUUCGAGAAGACGUAGACUCCACCAUGGGAGCAGGGCGGGAGAGUGCUAGAGUCCUGUCUAGUCAAGUUGUGUGGGUUGUGGACAGGCUGCUUGGAAGAAUGAAACCAACCACUUGUCUCCUUGAUCCUUGUCCAUCCUGGCUUAUAAAAGCUAGCCGAGAAGGGCUGGGCGAUGGGCUUUGUGGGGUGGUGAAUGCUUCCCUCCGUGAGGGAGCCUUCCCGGACCCAUCUUUAGAUGUGGCCACGAUGGCCAACUAUCGCCCAGUCUCAUAUCCUCCAUUCUUGGGCAAGGUGAUUGAGCGAGUGGUUGCUGAACAACUCCAGGCACGCCUGGAGGAAGCGGACAAUUUGGAUCCCUUCCAGACAGGAUUCAGGCCUCAACAUGGGACUUGAAACUACCUUGGUCGCACUGGUUGAUCUCUGGCGGGCUAGGGACAAAGGUGAGAGCUGUUUCCUAGUUCUGCUGGAUCUCUCAGCGGCGUUUGAUACCAUCGACCAUAACAUCCUUCUUUACCGUCUUGAGGGGCUGGAAGCUGGGGGCACUGUCAUACAGUGGUUCCGCUCCUUCCCUCUGGGCUUUGUUCAGAAAGUGGUGGGGGAUGAGUGUUCAGAACCCUGGGCUCACACUCGUGGGGUGCCUCAGGGAUCCAUCCUCUCCCCAUAUUUUCAACAUCUACAUGCAGCUGCUGGGAGAGAUCAUCAGGGGUUUGGACUUGGUGUUCAUCAGUAUGCGGAUGAUACCCAGCUCUACCUCUCUUUCAAAUCAGAACCAGUGAAGGCGGUGAAGGUCUUGUGUGAGUGUCUGGAGGUGGUUGGAGGAUGGAUGGCAGCUAACAGAUUGAGGUUGAAUCCUGACAAGACAGAAGUACUGUUUUGGGGGACAGGAGGGGGCAGGUAUGGAGGACUCCCUGGUCCUGAAUGGGGUAACUGUGCCCCUGAAGGACCAGGUGCGCACCCUGGGAGUCAUUUUGGACUCACAGCGGUCCAUGGAGGCACAGGUCAAAUCUGUGUCCAGGGCAGCUGUUUCCCAGCUCCAUCUGGUACGCAGGCUGAGACCCUAUCUGCCUGCGGACUGCCUCGCCAGAUUGGUGCAUGCUCUGCUCAUCUCCCACUUGGACUGCUGCAAUGCGCUCUACAUGGGGCUACCUUUGAAGUUCUACCCAGACACUGAGGUCCAGCACCGAUGGCCUUCUGGAGGUUACCUCACUGUGAGAAGCUAAGUUACAGGGAACCAGCCAGACGGCCUUCUCGGUAGUGGCGCCCUCCCUGUGGAACACCCUCCCACCAGAUGUCAAAGAGAACAACUACCAGACUUUUAGAAGACAUCUGAAGGCAGCCCUGUUUAAGGAAGCUUUUAAUUUUUGAUGUAUUAGUAUUUUAAUAUUUUAUUUGAAGCCGCCCAGAGUGGCUGGGGAAGCCCAGCCAGAUGGGCGAGGUAUAAAUAAUAAAUAUUAAUAAUAAUUAUCAUUUUAUUUUCUUUCUCCUGUAGAAACCUAUGUUAUCCAUCAUUUGAGAACCACGAUAUUGUUCUCCCUUUGCUCUUCUUUCAUUUUUAUCACAGUCUUAGAACUCUAAUACUUUGAAGGAGCGAGGUUUUAAUUUCAUGAAGUGAGGCAGCUCAUGCUCUAUUAACAGUCAUAGCUGAGAUAGGAAGACCAUGUUGAGGGUCUGGAGAGAGUGUUCAGAUGGGACUUAAUCUGGAAUAGAAGCUGUGGGAAGACUCUUCUUCUGGGGUCUCCUUCCAUUUGGGGGGGAGAGAUUUUCUAGGAAAAGGAGAUUUCUGAGUCAGUAAAAAGGACUCAGAUGAUCCCCUGGGUCUGGCAUACAAAGGGAGGGGAGAGAUUUUCUAGGAAAGGAGAUUUCUGUGUCAGUAAAUAGGACUCAGAGGAUCCCCUCGGUCUGGCAUACAAAGGAAAAUACCUCGGGAGAGGGACUGCUAAGAGAGAGGGGAACCGAGGAUAAGUGGCCCCUCGCUCACUAUUUCUGUGGUAGCGGAGUCUGUAGCCUGAAGCGUAUGUAACCUGAAGCGUUUGUAACGCAAGGUACCACUGUAGUACCUUGUUUAAUCCUGUGACAUUUAGCUGAAGUAAUAAGUUAACGUCUACCUGACAGAGGCCUUCCAGAAUCUGAUUCAGAGCCAAAUUUGGAGACAUAUGUCACACAGACAAUUUCAGAAUGGCUGGGAGAAAGCAAAGAUUGGUUGGAUGGGCUUUCAGAGAGCUGUUUCAGAAUUAAAUUGCGUGAAAAUUGAGAACGGAGGCAGCCAGGAGAUGUUUGAUUAACAGUAGUAACAAAAAGAGUGAAGGAUGCAAUCCUUCAGAACAGUUUUUGAAAAAAAUCUUGUGGUUUCCGGACAGAAAGUAGAUAUCUUUAGAGAGAUUCCACUGAAAUUGAGACUUAGAAGAACCAAAUAUAGAUAUUUAACAAUAGCACUCAGAAGAGCUGACAUCAGAUAUAAAUGGGAAUUCCCAGAGGGCAUUUCCUUUACAUACACGAAAAGGAGAUACAGGCUAAUAUCAGAAUUUCAGAGAGUCCUUUGACAAAUACAGGAGAGACUUAGAUUCCAACUGCUGAAAGGCACAUACGGUAUUCUGUUAGAAUGGGAGACGAAAGACGAAGAGGUGAAAUCAGUUAUGAUUAAAUGGGCACAAGAUAUGGGUCAUAAUAUUAUUGUGGAAGAUUGGGAAAGGUUAUGGAAAACCGAUUUAAAAUUCACAGAGUGUUCCUUGCUGAAAGAAAAUUAUAUGAAGAUGAUGUAUAGAUGCUAUAUGACACCAGUGCAGUUAGGAAGAAUUAACAAAACCAGCUCAAAUAUGUUUUGGAAGUGUAACGAAAGAGACAGGACUUUUACUAUAUGUGGUGGGAUUGUAAUGAAAUCAAAAAGUUUGGGGAAAUGAUAUAUAGUGAGUUGAAGAAAAUGUUCCAAUUAAAAUUUGUUUAAAAACCUAAGGCAUUUUUGUUAGGGAUUGAUGGAAAAAUUGAUGGAUUACGCAGAAUUGGCAAAAUUGAGACACAAACUACGUGACAAGGAUAACUGUGAUUUUAAAGAUGAAUGGGAACCCUUUACAAAGUACAUAAAGAAGCAACAAAAUGAACUGGACUCCUUGGCAGGUUUUGAAUAAACUUUUACAAACUUUUUAUUGAUAACAUUUAGAUAGAAAAUUAAAAAUCUGUACAGUAUUGUAACAUGCAGAAAAUAACAUAUGUUGAUAAUCCAGAGAGGGGAGCUGAGGGAAGGCUGAGGGGGAGGGGAGGGUGGGUCAGGUUUUUUGGAGGGGGAAAAAUAAGGGGGGGAAUUUAAGGAUGAUAUGUUAUUUGAUAAAAUGUUAUGUUGAAAUUACUAAUAAAAAUAUUUUUAAUAAACAUUUUGAAAGUGUUUGUGUGUGUUUUUACAAUCAAGCAGUCUAUACAUUUAAUGAAAAUUACAAUACAUUAUAACAUCAUAUAACAUAAGCAGGAGUUAUAAAAAUUAAUUAAAUUGCGCACUGUCUUUCAGGUUGUGUCUUCCUGGAGUUCCACAGCUCUGCUGGGUGGAGAGGAAACGGUCUCUCCUCCUUCAUCUCAGCUCCACAGCAGUUCUCUCAAAAGACUUGGCACUCCAGAAUGCGGAACUUAUAGCCCUUUAUAACAUGAAAACACAAUCAAACAAGGAACUUAUAGUGCUGCGGAAGUAGUAGUAGUAGUAGUAGUAGUAGUAGUAGUAUUUAUUUAGUAGUAGUAGUAUCUGAGGUCCCCCCAGGGCACCUGCUCAGCUGAGAGGAAGGUGUCAUAGCACAGGUAGCAAAUCAGCUGCUGCUCCGCCCCUUGAGGGAUUCCCCGCCUCACUUAAUUGGCCAAAUAUUCCAAAAGGGCAUCACCCGCUACUAUAUAAACCCUCUCACCCCCGGCAGCAGCAAUGAGGUGGUACAGCGUUCAGGUGAUAAGAGUGUGUCCCUGCUUUGGGAGGGGGAACACAGCCCCCCAGCAAAGUUUGGAGGAUGAGCCAAGAGGUAUAGCCGGACAUUGGAAGGCAAACUGUUGCAGGAAUUUAUGUAUAGGUUGGGGGGGGGGGUUGCCCCUGCAGCAGAUAUCAUGCACAUGCAGCCCACUACCAAAAUCAGCACCAUCACUUUUGUGACUUUUUUGAUUGGUCCCAACAAAACACUUCAUCACAGUUUCUUCCUAUAUUCUGCACUAUACCAAAUGUAAGAAUUCACUGAUAAAGGUAUCUGUGUACUGGCUCACUGGGAAAACUUCAGAAAUUCAUAUAGACAUGUGAGCUCAGCUACUCAGCAGCCCCUCUGCUUCAGUGGUGAUUUCUGGCAUCCUGAUACCUGAGUGCCGGACAGGUAGCAAUUCCAGAAAUAACAAACCCAGAGGGGAUUAGCAGCUGAUAAAAGUUUGGGGGCUCUGUUGUUCGGGGCUUCCAUCUUGUUCCACCUGGUGUCAGGUGGGAGUCCUGCCACGACAGUCUUCAAGAGAGACCAAGCCAACUGGCGGCUGUUUUGCUCUGGUAUUCCUGGCUGGUGUCCUUGUUUUUUGUCCAAGGGAACCCUCAGAUUUCUCUAUUAACAAAACGUACCCAAAGCUUUCAAAAUGUGCACUUUCCCGCAUUUUGCAGCUGAGCAAUGUGUAGUCCCAGGAGAGGCAGGCACAGCGUGUCUUCCUGUUCCUCCCUCAGCUGAGACCUGCCUGGAUGGAGACCUGAGAGCCACCUCUCAAUAUCUGGAGGGCUGACCCAUGGAAGAGGGAGCCAGCUUGUUUUCUCCUGCUCUAGAGGGGAGCACCCAGAAUAAGGGACCCAGAGGACCAGAAAGCAGUUUCUGCUGCCUAAACAGCAGGAAGAACAUUCUGACGGGAAGAGCAGCAGAAUCCCUUGGGAGAUGGCGGACUCUCCUUCCUUGGAGGUUUUUAAGCAGAGGUUGGAUGGUUUGGCUGAGAUUCCUGCCUUGCAAGGGGUUGGAAUAGAUGACCCUUAGGGCUCCCUCCCAUUCUAGGAUGAGGUUCCUUGCUUCCUGCAAACCCCUUUUCCCUGCAACCUCUUCCUCCAGUUUCUGGCCAAGGGAGGGAGCGGAUCACAGACCAACCAAGAGCGUCCCCUCAAAAUGAGCAUCUCUGGGAUUCUGCAAUGCAGGAGAGAAAAGGCAGAGAGGACUGAGCAGGGUGGACUCGGCUUUGCAAGGGUUAAAGGGAACUGAGCUGCAUUCCUAGAGAGGACAGGAAGUAAGGGGGGGCCAGGUCCUCCAGAGGAAAAAAUCCUCCCUCCCCUUCCUGCAAACGGGGGCAGGGUUGCUUUCUGCUAUUGCAAAUCCUGCCUUGCUCUCUUCCACGGGGAUCUGGUGAGUCUCUUCUUCCUCCUCCCCCCCCCCGAGGGUGCAGUGGGGAGAAGGUGGGGGUCCCAGGGAGGCAAGUGAGGGUGGCUCAUGGGGGGGGGGGAGCCCCAGGGAGCAGGGGGUCCUGCCCGGGCGGGGCGAGGUGGCAGGAUUUGUCUCCUUCCGUUAGAUCUGUGGGGGGGGAGGGGAGGAGAUUCCCGCCCCCCUUCCAGAAAAAAAUUAUUCAGAGCCCCCUGGGAAAUCUAGCAGAUAGAAAUCUAGCUUCUGUAAGGAAGCUUAUCAGUACGACUUCUGCUGUGUGUGACACGGGUCAGCGUCAUUGCACAACAGAGGAAACAUGCAUGAAUGGUUGCUCCCAAACCUCUUCGUUCGUUUCCCUCCUUUCUUUCUGCUUCUACCGCCCCCUUAUUGGCAGAGGAGGCCAGCCAAGCAGAUCAAGCCAAGCUUUAUGAGGAGCUGGGUAUGUUUAGUUGGAGAGGAGGAGACAGAGAGGAGAUAGGAGAGCCAUCUCACCUGGGGGGAGGAUUCCAACCAAUGGCUUCAAGCUACAAGAAAUGAGAUUCGGACUCAACACACCUAGUCAUUUUUCACGAGGCACCAAUGACUCGCUUGUCAAUCAGUUCUGACUUCAUGCAUUGACUGGAAGGAAGGAGCAACCAGGCUGAGUCCCCUCACAUUAAUCUCUUCGCUUCCCUCCACAUUCCCCUUUCUAGAGGCCUACAUCUCCAUCUCCUCCUCCUCCUUCUCCUCCUCCUCCUCCUCCUCCUCCUCCUCCUUUUUAGAAAGAUAGCUCAGAGUCUGGGCUGUGGUGCAGUCCUACCCUGGUUCCCAGGAAGACUCAUCCAUGCUUGCUCAGGGAACCUUUUUCUUCUCCUGAUAUUGUACAGCUUUUGUAACAGAACAAUGUAUUUGCUUUGUAGGAUUUUCUAGAGCUUCUCAUUCAGACAGACAGAACUUGGCAGAAGACCAAAGGGUUCCUUCCGAUCUCUCAGAGGCUUCCUGAGAGCACAGAUGGAUGAGCAAGACUCAGCUGGCCCUGGAACAGAAAGAGGCCAUGCAAUCCAAACUGGGAGCAGUGGGGGAUUCUGGGAAAACUCUGUGCAGAAGAUCCUGGGAGAGGAGGACACCCUCCGCUCAGAGGUGCAGAGCCAGCAGUUGAGGCAGUUCUGCUGCCAGGAGGCCAAGGGACCCCGAGAGGUUUGCAGCCGACUCUACCACCUUUGCCAUCUGUGGCUGAAGCCAGAAAGGCACAAGAAAGCUGAGGUGCUGGACCUGGUGAUCUUGGAGCAGUUCCUGGCUGUCCUUCCACCGGAGAUGGAGAGCUGGGUGAGGGAGUGUGGAGCAGAGACCAGUUCGCAGGCGGUGGCCCUGGCCGAAGGUUUCCUCCUGAGUCAGGCAGAGGAGAGAAAGCAGGUGAGAGAGACUUUCCUCUGGAUACUCCCAAGGGGCUCCAAACAGGAUGGAGAACAUCCAAAAAUGGUCUGCUGAUGGCCCAUCCUUUUUCUGGGAAUGAGAUCUAACACCCUUAAAGAUUCUGUCUCUGUCAUUCUCUUUCUAACAUUUCUCACCAUUCAUUUACAGUUUUGAAUCCUUGUUGUUCUUUCAGAAAAGGGAUCGUUUUGCAGAAAUGGACCUGGAUUCCUGUGAGGCAGAGAGGCCUCCGUUGGACACCAGAGAGAGGACACUGGGUAAGGAGGAAGGUGGCUUUUCUCCAUUUGGUCUUGUUCUGUUGGUUUUCCAACUCGUCUGAGGGUUCUUUUCAUCUUGGUUUUUUUUUUUUGAGGGGUGGGGGUUGGGAACAAGGGUUCAGAGGAGGGGAGACGUAUUUCUGCACACCUAACAUGAAAUGGGCACAAACCUUCAACUGCACUCAGCAGGUAAGGCUUUCUCAAAGCCCCAUCUGUAGUUAGAGAGGUCCUGUUUCCCCUGUGAGAGAAGCAGGCUCUCCUGGCGUCCUGCUUACAUUUUUUUCUUUUGCAGGUGAAAGAAUGAAGCCAGCAAGACCUCCUGAUCCAUCUUUUCAUGGGGGCAGAAGGGAAGCAGUGGCUGUGGAACCAGAUCAGGUAUGGGGAAGCUGCCUUGUGGGGUCAGAGGCCGAGGGAUGGAGUAUUGUCAUGGACUGGUUGCGCACAGAGGAAUGGUGGGAGGAAGCAGCCGGGGAACCAGGAAGGGAAAACGGUUCAGAGCCCAGGGAGUGGAGGUGGAGGAAGGAUGAGGGAGAAGCCUGGGAAGAGGAGGUUACAGAAACUGAAGGGGUAACAGGGCUUAGUGAGCUGGGAGACUCUGGGGCAGAAUGCAGUCCAGAAUCAGAGGCAGAAGAGGGGGGAGGCGAGUGGAGAAGGGAGAUCAAGAGGCAGAGGUGAGUCAGGAGAAGGAGGAGCCACCGGGGGCUCCCUCUCCUUCCGCCAGAAGCCACCCUCCCUGCUUGUCUCUCAGAGCCAGGAGACGUCUGACAAUGGAGGAGCAAAGGCAGGCUGCACACUGGCGCACUGUUCAGUCGCUUGCCAGAAACCCCAGAGAGGAGGGGACUUGGAAAGCUGUGGGGAGCCAGGGGCCUUGACAUACCCUCAGGGAAUGAGCUGCUGUUCUCAUGAGGCCUGAAACUCAGCCAAGUCUGUGAACAUCGUGCUCUUGCUGAUAAAGAGUAAACUCCAGCUGUGAAGUGUGGGAUUUCCUGCCCAUAUAACUCUAUGACUCCAGCCUUCUGAAUGUUUCCAGUAGGAUUCAUCUGUGGUUGCAGUUUUCAUAGAAUCCUAGAGUUGAAAGGGACCCCAAGGGUCAUCAAGUCCAACCCCCUGCAUUGCAGGAGUCUCAGCUAGAUCAUCCAAGACAGAUGCCAUCCAGACUAGGCUUCUUUUAUUUCUAUAUUCAUCACUGAGUGCUAAAAUAGGCUUCUAAGCAGCGGACAGACGAUAACAAAUAGUGUCCAGGAUUCACCUAGCCAGCCCCAUCCGCUGCAAAAUGGGGCCUGCCCCCCCAUUCCUCCCCCUCUCCAUGCCCCCAUGAACCCCUUGAAUUUGGCUCUAGGGCAUUGGGAGGGAACCUCCCCAGAACAACUCACGAGGAGAGGAGAAAGUGGAUCCUUCCAUCGGGGAAACUGGAAUGCUUGCGUAGGCAGAAUAACGUAAACAUAAGCUGGAGUACUUAGUUAAAAUGCAGAAUAAAAGAAUUCAUUUAAAGUGUUAAAAUAGGUACCCAUAAUUAAAAUGUGCAGCAAAGCAAUCCUAUUGAAAUAACACAGCAAUUAACAGGAAGGAAAUAACAGAGCAUUGUGUAGCAGAUCAUAUUUCUGCUGUCUCAGAGGAGGACAUUUCCCUUUUUCUUUUAGGGUCCAGUGUGCUUUGAAGAUGUCGCUGUUCGUUUCACGGACAAGGAGUGGGAGUUGCUGGAUCCUGACCAGAGAACUCUGCAUAAGGACGUCAUGGAGGAGAAUUGGGGGAUCGUGGCCUCUCUUGGUAAGCCUCCGUGUGGGAUCGUCCUAUCUGCCAGGAAAUUCAAAAAAUACCUCUAUGUGACAAACCUCAUAUAUUUUCACAGCGCCCCCUACGACACCUGGGAACCUAACACCCCCACAAGAAAAAGUAAAUUACAGUUUUUUCUGUGAGUCUUCCUCCAGUUCUGCCUCCUUCUACCACAGUUGGGCUGAUCUGAACUGCCCAGGCAUCUUAAAUGUCAGCUUCAGAGUUGUUAGGAAAGAUAAGUAGCUUCUGUCAGGAUUUCUGCUUUUCUUUUUGCUCCUGUCAGUCUUGGGUUGACCAAAGAGACGACUGACACUGGAGAUGGAGGGGAUGCCAUGACUGGGCCGAACAACAUCUGCCCCAGAGAAGAGCCAGGCUGAUUGAAUCUCAGGUAGUAGUAGCAGUGAUAAUAAUAGCAAUGGCUGAUUAGAGCGUGUCCAGACGAGGUGCGGGCUCCCCUGGGGGAUAUCAUCAAUUUGUCCCUUGGCACCGGGAUAUUCCCAGGGGAACUGAAGGAGGCAGUGGUGCACCCGCUCUUAAAGAAAACAUCAUUAGAUCCUUUAGAUCUAUCCAAUUACCGCCCGGUUUCGAAUCUUCCAUUCCUGGGUAAGGUGAUUGAGAGAGCGGUUGCUGAACAGCUUGGCAGGUUUCUGGAUGAAACAUCGGCUCUGGAUCCAUUCCAGUCCGGCUUCCACGCUGGUCAUGGGACCGAGACGGCUCUGGUCGCCCUAACAGAUGAUCUCCGCAGGCAGCUGGAUUGAGGCGGGUCGGGGCUGCUGAUUCUUCUAGACCUGUCAGCAGCCUUCGACAUGGUCGAUCACGAACUCCUGGACCGCCGCCUUGCCGAUGUGGGGAUUCAGUCCUUCAAUGGCUGCACUCUUUUCUCUCUGGUUGGGGACAGAGGGUGGCGCUUGGGGGGGAAUUGGUGUGUGGAGUGCCUCAGGGUGCGAUACUCUCCCCGAUGCUUUUUAACAUCUUUAUGCGCCCCCUCGCCCAGCUUGUCCGGAGUUUUGGGCUGGGUUGCCAUCAGUAUGCCGAUGACACCCAACUCUAUCUGUUGAUGGAUGGCCAUCCUGACUCGGCCCCAGACACACUGACCAGAUGUCUGGAAGCUGUGGCUGGAUGGUUAUGUGGGAGCCAGUUGAAGUUAAAUCCUUCAAAGACAGAGGUCCUCUGGCUGGGACGGGACGAUAUGGGAUUGAGGGGGCAACUCCCAUCUCUAGCGGGGGCGCAAUUAGUGCCAGCACCGUCCGUUAAGAGUUUGGGUGUAAUCUUCGAUACCUCCCUCUCUAUGGAGGUGCAGAUUACAGCUAUAACAAAGGCGGCAUUUUUUUCAUCUCCGCCAAGCUAAGCAGUUGGCCCCUUAUCUCUCUCGCCCUGACCUAGCCACUGUGAUCCAUGCGACGGUCACCUCCAGACUGGAUUACUAUAACUCGCUCUACGUGGGGCUGCCCUUGAGACUGACCCAGAAACUCCAGCGGGUGCAGAAUGCCGCGGCGAGACUCCUUAUGGGGUCUUUGCUGCGAGAUCACAUUCAUCCGGUACUAUACCAGCUGCACUGGCUCCCGGUGGAGUACAGGAUCAGGUUUAAGGUGCUGGUUUUAACCUUUAAAGCCCCAUACGGCCUAGGGAGACUUCCGGGUUGGUGCCUCCAGUAAUGGCGGAAUUCCUCUGAUCGGGAGUAAUUUGCCCCGUGGGAAUUUGGGUCUGGCCGCCACAGCGAAGGCGGAGAUCCGCAAAAAAUCACAGGCGGGAGAAGCCUGUGAGCGUGGGAUUCGGCGGGCACCUUUUGCGCCUCCCCUACUCGCGGGGAAACCCGGUUUCGUGGAUCCGGAGUGAAGUGGGGUGAGCGGCGCGGUGCUUCGAAUCGUCUGCUUCUUCCACGGAGUGAAGCUGCAUAGCUGUUGCCGGAGAGCACUGACUUUUUCCUGUGGACAAUUUGACUCCAAAGUAAUUACCCGUGAGUAGAGCUGAAGCGGGAGAAUUGGAUUUUAAACGUUUAAUUUGGCAUCGAAACGGGGAGGUUCAAUACAGGAAGUCCGCCUUCCCUAUUUGUAAAUAGACUGAGGCAAGGAGGCUGCAAGCUGAAGUCUUGGAAAGCCUUCUGUAAAAGACUAAAUUUCCAUCGGUAAAGCGCAUAAAACCCCCCUUGGAGGCAGGAGAAGAGGGGGGGAAGUUGCGGACUGAGUAUGCCUUCAGGAGAGAGUGAAGAGAGUUAAAAUACUGCCGCUCUGACCCUGGAAACGGGCUGCUAGCAGGACUGACGUUUUGGAAUGUUCAUUGACAGCACUUCGAACGUUCCUUGACAGCUAGCAAAAUAAGAGAAAUACAUUGUUUCUACUGUCUCCGGAUGCUUCUAAAAAGGAGUAAAAAGUAACUGAAAACUGAAACUAACUUUGGAUUGUAUGAGUUGCGUUUAAAGGGGACAUUAUUGACUAUUAUAAAUAGAAACUGUUUCUCCCUAGCGGAAAUCUCUGAAAUUGGUUGCUUUAUAAGAGCUGGGCUAGAGGAAUUUCCAGCUGCAAGAUAAAAAAUUGUGAGACUCUGGGAUUGACCUUGAAUCUCUUAAGUGUUAUGGCAAAUGGAAAGGAAAAAACAGACGAAAUGUCGACAGAAGAGGCCUUAGUGGUCGCAUUAGUGAAAAUAAACGAUUCGCUGGAACAGCUUCACAAGAAAACAGACGUGAUAAAUGUGAAAGUGGAUGCUGCAAAUAUUAAAAUCAACUUAAUUGUAGAAAGUUUAAAUAAUCUGGGACAAAAGGUGAACACCAAUACAGAAACCAUCCAGAAAUUGAUACAGGAAUCUACUUUGAUAGGGCAAACUGCGGAUGAAGUCAGGGAGAAAACCCUUGUUGCUGAAUGUAAAGCCAUACAACUUGAGAGAGAGAGAGUCCCAUCCAUUCAAAGGCAACUCGAUGAACAUAAGCUGACAUUUGUUAUGAUGGAACUUAAAGAAAAACAGACGAAUUUGAGGACCAGAGCCCUAUCUGAAUUGGGAAAGGAAAGCUUGACAGAGUUUCAGGAGGAGACAGGACUAACAUCGGUUGAGAAAGAGAAGUAUUUGGGGGUCAGUAUGACCGCCAAAAAUGUGAAUCUAAGGAUAACUGUGAAGGAUGUUGGAUUGAAGAGAAGGGGGAUUGGGAAAUAUGGACAAAUCUGAAGUUGCUAUUGUUGGGCCGAGCUGUUGUGGUGGGGAUGAGGGUUGCUGUGUUGCCGGGGAUGUUGCUUUUGUUUCAAACAGUGCAAGUUUUGGAUGGGAUGGAUUGUUUCAGGAGGUGGCAGAGGGAUGUUUCUAGAUUUGUUUGGCAGGGCAGGAAGCCUCGAGUAAAAUUUAAGAUAUUGACGGAUGCGAAAGAAGGAGGUGGACCUGCCCUGCCAGACCCCUAAACUUUGUUGUGAACCAUCUGCUUUUUGCUGGCUGAGAGAAUGGCUGCUUCUUGAAAGCACUGAAGUGUUGGAUAAUGGCAGAUGAAGUUGAUGGACUAUAUGGAAUUGGCGGAAAAGACUGGCAAGAUCCGAGACCAGGGAGAAGAGUUGGUGGAAGAAGACUGGGAAAAGUUUAAAGACUAUUUAUAGAAAUAUUGUAAAAUUAAUGAAUGUUAGAAGAAUGUUGGAAUGAAGUUAUAUGGCUUUAGUAGAAAUGUUAUAAGGAAUUAAGUAUAGAUUAAUAGAGUAUUAAAGGAAAAAUAAGGUUAAAAUGUGUUAAGAUAAUUAUAGGAUAGAAAACGGGAAGAUGGAAAGGAAUUGCUGAAAUAAUUAAUAGAAGUGGAAUACAAAAAGGGAGGUGUGAGGAGGCUGUGGAAAUAUGUGAAAGAAAGAUAAGAUAUUGAUUUUUUUUUCUUUUUUAUGUGUUUUUAAAUUGUUUUUGUUUUGUCUUGUUAGUUUAAUGUUUUAGUGUUAUGUAGUGUUUUUGUAUUGUAAUGUACUGGUUUUUUUUUUUUUGUAAGUGUCUAAAUUGUUGUAAAAGUAAUAAAUAUUAUUUUAAAAAAUAAAUAAAUAAAGCCCUAUACGGCCUAGGACCCUCGUACCUACGGGACCGCCUCUCCUGGUAUGCCCCACAGAGGAACCUACGGUCUGCAAAUAAAAACAUCCUGAAGGCCCCAGGCCACAGAGAGGUUAGGCUGGCCUCAACUAGAGCCAGGGCUUUCUCGGCUGCGGCUCCAAUCUGGUGGAACGCUCUGUCACAAGAGACUAGGGCCCUGCGGGACCUGACAUCUUUCCGCAGGGCCUGCAAGACAGAGUUGUUCCACCAGGCUUUGGGUCAGGGCGCAGCCUGACUCCCUCCUCUGGCAACCUGCACAGAAUUUUGCUUAACGGUUGCCAUCAAUUUGAUUUUAAUUAAUUUUUAAAAUGAAAUGUUUUUAGAAUGUUGGAUUAUUUGAUUGUUUGAUUAUUUGAUUGUUGUUAGCCGCCCUGAGCCUGGCUUCGGCUGGGGAGGGCGGGAUAUAAAUAAAAUUUAUUAUUAUUAUUAUUAUUAUUAUUAUUAAUUUUUAUUUAUACCCUGACCAUCUGGUUGGGUUGCCCCAGCCAAUCUGGGAAGCUACCAACACAUAUACAGCCGUACUUCUGGUUGCGAAUGGGAUCCAUUCCGGAGGUCCGGCCAGAUAACGAGGUUUUCACAACCCGAGGAUCACUGUUCUGCACAUGCGCAUGAAUUUGUCACUUUCAUAAGCUGAAGUUUAUAUAACCUGAGGGUUAUGUAACCCGAGCUGCUACUGUAAAAACAUGAAACAGUAAUAAUAACAAACAAUCUAAUCCAAUGCAAAAAGUACAAAUUUUUUUACAAAAGUACAAAAUUUUUAAAAUGAGUAACUUACUUCAAACAAAGCAACAUUCAACCAACGAUUAGAAUCCAGUAAUAAAUACAUUGGUUUAUUACAAAUAACAAAGGUAAUGAUCACUGCCUUCUCUACAACAAAUUUAAUGAGUAUUAUUCCCUAACUGGGGGCUCCAUUUGUUCCUGAGGCUCUAAUCCCUUUUUCUCUCCAUUGCAGAUUGUGAUGAAUUGGAAAUCAAGAACAAAGGUGACCACAACACAAUCUGCAGAGUGGAGAAGGCACGUAAAAAUUUGGAAUGUGGAAAGAGCUGGAGUCAGAGCUCCCAUUCCAGUUCCCAUCAACGAAAUCUCAUUGGAAAGAAACCCUAUCAGUGCAUGGAAUGUGGAAAGAUAUUCAGUCAGAGCUCCUCUCUCCCUUUCCAUCAAAGAAUUCAUACAGGGGAGAAACCCUAUCAGUGUAUGGAAUGUGGAAAGAGCUUCAGUAGAAGCUCCGACCUCACUAAACAUCAAAGAAUUCAUACAGGGGAGAAACCCUAUCAGUGUGGGGAAUGUGGAAAGAGCUUCAGUCACAGCCACAAUCUCACUUCCCAUCAAAGAAUUCAUACAGGGGAGAAACCCUAUCAGUGUGUGGAAUGUGGAAAGAGCUUCAGUAGAAGCUUCGAUCUCACUAAACAUCAAAGAAUUCAUACAGGGGAGAAACCCUAUCAGUGUGGGGAAUGUGGCAAAAGCUUCAGGCAGAGCUCCAAUCUCACUUCCCAUCAAAGAAUUCAUACAUGGGAGAAACCCUAUCAGUGUGUGGAAUGGGUAAAGAGCUUCAGUAUGAGCUCCAGUCUCACUUCCCAUCAAAGAAUUCAUACAGGGGAGAAACCCUAUCAGUGUGUGGAAUGGGGAAAGAGCUUUAGUAGCAGCUUAGAUUGCACUUCCCAUCAAAGAAUUCACACAGGGGAGAAACCCUAUCAGUGCAUGGAAUGUGGAAAGAGCUUCAGUAGAAGCUCCGAUCUCACUAAACAUCAAAGAAUUCAUACAGGGGAGAAACCAUAUAAAUGCUUUGAAUGUGGAAAGAGCUUUAGUAAGAGCUGCACUCUCACUUCCCAUCAAAGAAUUCAUACAGGGGAGAAACCCUAUCAGUGUGUGGAAUGUGGAAAGAGUUUCAGUCGGAACUCCUCUCUCACUUCCCAUCAAAGAAUUCAUACAGGGGAGAAACCCUAUCAGUGCGUGGAAUGUGGAAAGAGUUUCCGCCAGAGAGGCCAUCUGAAUACCCAUCAAAGAAUUCAUACAAGGGAGAAUCACGGAAUUGUAGAACUUUCAAGCUUGAAGUGA